UUGUUAUCAUUCUGCUGUGAGUCUUUUUGUGGUCACCAGUGCUAUUUUUAGUAGACACUGCUCCAGCGACCCGCUCACCGCUAGUUCCAUAAAGGAAAAUUUCAAAUUACUUAAUCAAAAAUCUAAUUUGUAUUCUUGUCCCAUGUUCAUUAACAUUCUUGUCAUGAGAUAUUCAAUCUGCAGAUCACUAAAGGAAUUACUUUCGACAGAAGUUAAAAAAAUGCCUUUUCGGACCUAAGCAUUAUCUUGAAGAAGUAAUUUAGAAUGCACUGCCGAUAAACCAUCAAAAAUUCUUGCCACCAUGUCUCCAGAAGGGACGCAAACUGUCUCCACCAAUGAUUACCUAUAUCAGGGGGAAACUGAUGAUCCUCCCGCACCUCUUCAUAUCGAAAAUAAAGUUCCUGAAGAUAGCAUCAAAGAAACGUCUAAAAAUAUAUUUAAAUCAUGUUUACUUUGUUUUGGAAGAACUUUCGACAGACUCAAACUCGAAAUAGUAGCUUUCUUAUUCACAUUUUCUUAUGUAUUGACACGGAUAUCAUCCACAUCGAUGAUUCUGAAUAAAGUGUGCUUGGCUCACUACAACUAUCCCCCUGAAAUAUGUUAUAAUUUAGAAAACCAUACUGAAAUAAAAGUUUCCGUCGAAAGGAUGGCUACCAACUAUCAGCUUGGCCACACUCUUAUCCAAACAGCUCCAGCAGCUUUGCUCUCGUGUUUUGUUGGACCAUGGAGUGACCAUUAUGGCAGAAAGUUACCAGUGGUCAUUGCCAUUUUAGGUAUGACUGUAGAUACACUUGGUUCAGCAGUUUGUGCAUAUUUUCUGGACUCAAGAGUGGAGUAUUAUUACAUCCCUGCAGCUUUCACGGGUUGUUUUGGAGGGGUCGUGACACUGCUGGCCGUGGUAUACAGUUAUGCUUCAGAUUUGACACCUUUACGAGAGAGGACGAUGAAAUAUGCUUAUAUAGAAAUGGCAACAGGUAUUUCUCAGCCUUUGGGUGUAGCAGCUGGCGGGUGGAUUUACAACUUUUUUGGAUAUCCUGCAGUGUUUCUACUAUCUACAGGUGGGCUUUUUGCCAGUCUCAUAUGGGUGGCUUUUCUAUUACCAGAGACUCGCGGUCUGGAUAACAAAGACACAAUGAGCAUCAAAUUGAAGAAAUUGUUUACAUGCAAAACUUUUAGAGAAAGCUUCAUCGCAACUGCGAAGCAGCGACCACAUAAAGGUCGGAAGCAGAUAAUAUUGUUGAUAAUAUCCAUGUGCUUCAUUGUUAUUGCAACCAAUUCUACCAGCGACAUAAAUUUUCUUUAUGUCCACCAUCAAUUCAACUGGGGCAAUACUGAAUAUUCAACGAUCACCGCUGCUUAUUCUGUCUGUGCUGUAUUCCUGUUAAUAAUUGUUGUUCCGAUUUUCAAGUAUUUCAAAUCUGGAGAUCCAACUCUGGGAUUAGUUGGUACGACAUCCACAAUUUUAAAGUUUCUUGGGAUUGGUGUAGCAUGGAAGACUGCUGUUUUCCACAUUGCAAAUCUUCUAGGCUUGCUGUCUGUUUGUGCAUCCCUUGCAGCUAGGUCUCGAAUCUCAAAAGUGGUUUCGAAUGAUGAUUUGGGUAAGGUUUUCUCCUUCGUGGCAACUGCUGAAUCAUUGCUGCCAGUUUUAACAACUGUUCUCAUCUCUCAAAUUUUCAAUGCCUUUCUUAACAUCUAUCCAGGAAUGCCAUACAUAAUUCUAACCAUCUUUCUGAUAUUGCCUUUCUCAGUCUUCGCUUGGAUGUCUUGCCUGCCGACUAUGAAACUUGCAGUCGUGGAUAAAAAUGGCGAAAGAGAUCCAGAAGACUACACGAGUAUCGAUGCUUAAAAAGCAGCAUUUUUUAAAUCAAGAAACCCUUCGUCAUCAUUGUUAAGCACAUCAAAUUUCUUUUAUAAUUUUGAAAAAUAAAAGUCAUGAAUUUCUAAUUUUUUUUUUUUUUUUUUUGUGUGUGUGUGUGUGUGUGUGUGUGUGUGUGUGUGUGUGUGUGUGUGUGUGUGUGUGUGUGUGUGUGUGUGUGUGUGUGUGUGUGUGUCUUUACAUUUCAAACAAAUUUGUCUCAUCUUAUUGAGAAGAUUAAACAACUGAAUUCUUAAUAAGUGUUUGAAAUCUUCUUGGGAAAAAAAAGGAUUUUAUUGAUUGUAUG